CUUCAUUAAUAAAAACAACUUUCAAAGAUUUCCAUGAUCCAUAUGUCUUGUCAAUAAUUCAUGUAUUCCUAAAGAUCUUAUUUUUUCACCCCUUUUGUGUUUAUAUAUAUGUACCCCAAUGUCGAUAUUCAUGAUUACAUCUGAUCAAAUCAAAUUGUGAUAUUUAGAGACUCUCUCAUGGGUGUUGUUAGCAUGAAGGGUGGAGAUGGAGAACACAGUUAUGCAAAUAAUUCCGAGGCGCAGAAAAGUAUUACUUCUGAUGCAAAACCGGAGGUGAUGAAAAGCGUAAACGAAAUGAUAGUGAAAAUGGAUUUUCCUGGUUGCAUCAAAGUGGCUGACUUGGGAUGCUCUUCCGGAGAAAAUACAUUCUUGGUUAUGUCCGAAAUCGUUAACACAAUCAUUACAACAUACCAACAAAAUGGUCAAAAUCUACCGGAGAUCGAUUGUUGCCUGAACGAUCUUCCAGAGAACGACUUCAACACAACUUUCAAGUUGAUCCCUUCCUUCCACGAGAAGCUGAAGAUGAAUGUUAAAGGAAAUUGCUAUGUCUCAGGAUGCCCAGGCUCAUUCUACACAAGGCUUUUCCCAAGCAAAUCUCUUCAUUUUGUCCAUUCAUCUUUUUGUCUCCAUUGGCUUUCUAAAGUUCCUGAUGGGCUUGAGGAAAAUAAGAAGAACGUGUAUCUUAGAAGUCCAUGCCCUCCAAAUUUGUACGAGAGUUAUUGGAAUCAGUUUAAGAAAGAUUUCUCAAUGUUUCUAAGAAUGCGUGCGGAAGAGACAAUGCCUAGUGGACGCAUGGCUCUCACUUUAGUUGGCAGAAAAACUUUGGACCCUUUAUCCAAAGAGUGUUUCAAAGAUUGGUCGUUGGUUUCUGAUUCCCUCCUCGAUUUGGUGUCUGAGGUACUUACUACAGUCACACUUCUUAAUUUUUUUGGUAACCUAAAAGUUCUGAUCGUAGUUAUAAUAAUAUACUGGAGGAGUAUUUUGAGUGUGCAGGGAGUUGUGAAGGAAUCAGAUUUGGAAUCUUUCAACUUGCCGUAUUACAGUCCUGAUGAAAGUGAGGUGAAGGAAGUUAUCGAGAACGAGGGCUCAUUCGAGAUCAAAAAUUUUGAGACAAUAUUUGGACUUCUCUUUUCAUACAAAACUGGUCAUAGUGAAGUGAAAGAUGAUGAUGAUGAUGUGGACCAUUCACGUCGAUUUGAAGUGGUUAAAACGAGGGCUAAUAUGACAAGAUCCAUCAUUGAACCGAUGCUUGUUGCUCAUUUUGGAGAAGCCAUUAUUGAUCGGCUCUUUGACAAGUAUAUAUAUCAUGCAUGUCAACGUUACGAUACCUUGCGCAACAAACCAACCGUUAAUUUCUUUGUUUCGUUGACUAGGAAGUGAUGGAUCGUCGCUCUAUUGCUGCCAAUAAUUGAUGAAAAAUAAAGGAUAAUAAUGAUCCUUGGUGAUGACUGGCUACCCCAGCCAAUAUUAAUAUGUUAUUUAUUGUGCCUUUAAUUUCCCUGUUAUGUAUUGGUGUGCUUUGAAUGUGUUUGAAUUUCAUUAUCUGUCUCAAUAAAACCAGCUACAUCCAUUUAUUUCGUAAGGACUCAAUUUUAUCACCCCCUUGUAUGAAAACGUUUUUUUUUUCCGAUGUAUCAAAUUAUUUUUAGAUAUAUUAUAAGUUGUGUUUGAA